UGAGUUCCAAUCCCACCCUAAAACUCACCAAAUUAAAAUGAUAUUUCAAAGCUGCAAAGCAAGAGCGGCCUGGGUUUGGGUUUCCCGCUACAAUCUCAUACUGACAGAGCUUCCUCCGACGAGGGUUUUGGGUUUAUCCAAAGCAAACCCUCUUAGCAAUGGGUGUCAAGACUCCCAAGAACCGCUCCAUCCCCACCACAGACUCGAUCCCUUCUCACGCUCAAGCCUUACAAUCCCUAAUUUCCGCAUUUCAAACUUCAGAGGGUUUCAAGCCACCAUUGUUGAAAAGCUUGUAUUGUCUUCUUGUGCAUUUGUCCUUAAACGAACCCAUUCGAGGUUCUGAUACCGAGGAGGAUUCUCCAAAACUCUUGGAUGGCGGCGGGUUUAAUCAAUUGGUUCAACUCUUGUUCGUGGAACUUGAUAGUAGGUUCAAAGUCUUUUUCCAUGCUCUGUCUGAUGUUUCUGCUAAUCGAUCAGAUAAUUGGCCUCGUAUUGAUGAACUCACCCUUCUCUUGAGAUGUUGCCUUGUAAUCCUGACAUUACUUGAUUCUGAUGGAUUGCUUGAGAAAACCCAAGUUCUACUUUCUAUAGUUGGUAGAAUAAUUUGCUUGGUUUCAAAUGGGGGCAAUGAGAAAACUUCUUUUACUUUUGACAAGUUUGUUUCUCGUGAAUGCUCUUACAGCGAUUCUGCUGGUACCACCUCUGUUUCUGAAGACUUUGCUGCUUCCUUAUCCAUCUUGGUACCUUCUGAUCCAUGGCGUCCAUUUUUAUGCCAAGUGCUUGAGGUAUUUGCAGACGAGCUUUUGCUACAUAGGCUUUUGAAAGAAUAUCUUAUGCGUGUUGAUUCCACAUCUAGCUCAAGCAGGGCACUAUUUAGGUCCCACUUUGUUAAUGGUUAUAGUGGAAGUGUAUUAGAGGUGAUUUCUGUUCAUUUUAUCUUAUCACUUUCAGAUGAACAAGCAUUUGAGACUUUCCCUAGAAAAUUAAGUGGCGGAUGUGGCAAAGACUUUAGACAUCCUGAACUAAGCCUGACUUCAGCCGUAUCACUACUUAACCUGAUCGUACUUUCGGCACCAAAAAUAUUCCAGGCACAUGUGAUUUUAUUGGUUUCUGAAGCAAUUGGUAUAGAAAGGUCUUCAGAGAGUAUUAGACCUUAUCUUAAACUUAUGACCUGUUACCUAACAGCAUUUGAAAUGUCAGUCAUCUUGUACACUGGAUACAUGACCACUCUGCUUACAGAUGGUCAUCCAAUUGGUAGUAAAGGUUCUUACGCAAAUUCUCCUUUGUUUGGCAGAAGCUUUCAACCUUUUUUUGAAUGUCAUAUUCAAGAAUCCACAAUGGCAAAAAUAGAUGAUCUAGGUGUUAAGCUAGAUUCUUCAUGGAACUCACAUGUGUGCAAUAUGUUCUAUAAAGAAAAAUCUGAGCUUCUGGCUGAAGCCAUUUCGUUCAUAAGCAAUAGUGAAGGGAUUUCUGAUGAUUCAUGUAAAGAUGAUAUUUUGUCAAUUUCACGUGCCAUAAUGCUUGGCUCUUUUACAGACAGUUUGGGUGAUACAGUAUUACAUAAAAAGGGAGAAACAAAUCCACAAGAUGUCUAUCUUCUGGGUGCUAUAUUAAAGUUAAUGAGUAGCUCGAUGUCGGCAGUUAUUCGGUGUUUAAGGUAUGAUGCUAAUUUGGGUAAUUUGAGAACCUUAGCAAAUGCCUCAACAUGCAAGGAAUAUGAUUUUAUUGUGGGUGUUAUUGGCUGUUUUCAACAUUUCAAUGCAUCUUUACCAAAUCAGAAGAAAAUGUUUGACUUGAUGAAAGCUGACCUUGUCAGGCAUAAGCCUAGCAAGUGGAUACUUUUGCACUUUCAAGGCUUGCUAUCAUUAAGUUUUGCUAGUGGUAUUGAUUUCUUAGUGAAGAACUGUGUAUCAAUGAUUGUGACACUGAUGAAUCUCUAUGCCUUUGAAGACGGUAGUUUAGAUGCUUUGAGAAUAUUACUUGUUCCUGGUGCAGAAACCAUUUCAUCUGAAGCAUCUCACAAAGUUAGUGAGGUCAUACCAAAUCAUCAAGCAAGUAAAAAAAUAGUGUCAAAUAUUCAGAAGACAAAAUCGAUGUACUCGAGUACAGAGUGUUCUUCCAUUUCCCUUUCAAGAUCAGAAGAUGAGAUAGCAGAAGCUUCACAGAGUUCUUCCAUCUUAAAACGUAAGACAGAGUCUAAUAUUGGUACAGAGGAGGAAACCAAGGAGUCUUGCACUGGAAAGGUCUUUUUACAAUGUUUGCUAAACAACCCCAGAAACACACAUGAGUGUGAUGAUUUGUUAGACUUUAUCGAAUGCAAGGAGGGCAAGGAUUAUUCCUACUGGUUGAGGAAUCGAGCAAAAUAUCGAAAGUGGAAAACAGAUAAGAUGGCAGUUCGAAGGUGGAAGAAAAAGAAAAAAACUUGGAAAUUCGUGGCAGGAGGAGGUAAAGCUUAGUUUAAAAACUCAUAAUGUAGUGCCCGAAAAACUACAGACAACCUAAACAGUACACUUAGCUAAGAACCAGUUGUGUAUGAAUGUAUAUAGUUAACUUUGCUUGAAGCUAAUAAAUCCCAGUUACAAAUC